AUGGAUGAUGCUUCACGGAGAGGCAAGUUGGACAAGGCCUUAAGCAAUAUUUGGAGCGGCCCGGCUCGCACUGGGGAGCUUGCUGGCGAAGCAGUUCAGGAGGAGCUCCCAGCGAGUGCAACUCCAAAAGAUCAGGCCCUUCACCUCCUGCUGGCUGCGUUGGGACAAUUGGAGCGGGAGCCGCCACAGCAAAAGGAUGCCCAAAAGGAUGCAAAAGAAGCCUUAGCCAUCUUCCGGGACUUGCAAGAAGCGGAAUGCGAAGCAACUGCAUUGCUGGCUGUCAGCAGAAGCAGCAUUGAGCUGGAUGUGCAUGCAGCCUCGCAGGCAGCGGUUCAGGCACUGAAGGUCUUCAGAGAUCUGGGCCACGUGAAGGGUGAGAUUGCUGCCUUGCAUUGCCUGGCCAAAGUGGAUCAGGCCACCAAAAGCUUUGAUGAUGCGAGCUACAAAGCCAGCGAGGCUUUGAAGAGGGCACGGAAAAUCGAGGAUCUCUCCAGAGAAAUGGCUCUUUGUGAGACCGUCUUGGAGGUGAAUAUCGCCCAGGACAAUCCGAAGAAGGCGGAGGAUGCAGCAAAGGAGGGAGGCGUGAUUUCCAAACUCUUGGAGAGCCAGACGCUGCUCGCCAAAGCAAAGUGCUGGACAGCCCGAGCACAUGGGGCUUCUGAGGAGCGGAAGAUGACCGGCAUCAAAGCAGCUGAGGAGGCGUUGGAACUCUAUCGAAGCCUCGGUCAGAAGGAUGGAGAAGUGGAGGCAUUGGAAGCCUUAGCAGCAGCGACCAAGGAGGAUUUUAGCGAUGUGUUGAGUAAGAGCCAAUCCCUGGCGGACAAGUUUGCAGAGAGUGGAGACAAGAAGGAAGAGGUGCGCGCUUUGCUGAUAGCUGCAUCCUGCAGAGAAGCCACAGACAGGGAGAAGGCAUUCAAACUGCUUCAACGUGGCCUCAACGCGGCGAAAGAAGCCGAACGACCUCUCCAGGGUCAGGUGCUGCUUCGAAUCGCACGCCUCCACAUGGACCGCGAGGAGCCCAGUGAAGCGCUGCGAGCAGCAACACAGGCCGGAAGCAUCUUCCGAAAUGAACCAUAUCCCACGAAGAAGAUUCGGAUCAGCGAGAUUGAAUGCAUUGAGAUCCAGAUGGAUGCGCAUGUGAUGCUAGGUGCCAUGGACGAGGCCUUCCGAGUGGGUGUGGAGCAGGGGCGGCGCUUCAAGGGCCUCCAAGAACGACAAGGAGAAGGGAUGGUCCUCUUGAAACUGGUGUCACUUCAUCAAAUGCGACUGGAGGAUGACAAAGCUCUCAAGUUGCUGGAGUACGUCCCAAUGCUUUUCAGCUCGGCCGGCGAUCGUCAGCUUGAGGGUUUGGCUUGGGAGCGGAUGGCCAACUGCUACUUGGAGGCGGGUGAUUCGGCCCAGGCAGUGAAGGCUAUGCAGCAUUGCGUGGGCUGCUUUCGGAAGGUGAAUAGUCGUUUGAUGCGAGCACGAGCUGCCUUGCUACAAGCAGAUGUGCAGACAGCUCUGGUCUCUAUCCAGCAGGGAAGCAGCCUGGAAGCCCUGGUCGCCGCCAAGGAAGCUACCAAGCUCUUGCAGACGGGGACUCAGGAACCCUGGCUGGCGCUAGCUGUGCAACUUUUGACGAAUGCACACUUGAUGAACCGCCAAGGGGAGGAGGCCUUGGAGCGAGCGCGGGAAAGCCAAGACUUAGCACAAAAGCAGAAGCAGAUCGGUGCAGAGGCGAUGUCCAAGCUGAUGGAGGCGGGUGCACACCUGUGCCUCGAGGACUUCGGCGAAAGUGCCCGAUGUGCGAAAGAGGCCAAGGAGCUCUUUAGCUCAGACCUCGAUGGGAACGGAGAAACUUCAGCCAAUGACUUCUUGACUUACAUCUUGAAGGCUGAAGCCAAGGAGGAGGACCCCAGCCUGUUCCGCGGCUUUGCGCUCCGGCGGCUGAGUGGGAGAGAGAUGCGGCAGAAGGAUGAAGCCAAGAAGAAAGAGACGCAGCAGCAGAAGAGGAAGUCAAAAGUCUCACACCAGUCGGACAUUAUCUUGUGGCAAUGUGAUGGCCGGAGCAAGCAGAAUGAAGACGGGCGAUCGAUUAUGACAUAUUUUGAAGGCUUCGAGGUUCGUGCAGGAGUUGGACGACAACAACAGCAGCCUCUGAAGACUGCGGAACAGGUCCGGCAGGGCGAGGCCCCUGCGGAGUACUCCAAAGAUUUUAAGGAGACCGUGAAGGAGCAAGGAUAUCCCGACCGUGAGCCGGCUGUUUUCGCUGUGCGCUGGGUGCAGGCCGAGAACGCUAAGGAGCCGGUGAAGAGCCGGCGGGAGCUCCGGCGAAAGGAGGAUACCCGCGUGGUCUCCGUGGCUUCCUUGGAUGCGCCCUCCGAGCGUUGUGGUCGUUACGCCAAGUCCGAUCGCUUGGAGGCCCCAGGUGAACGGCACGGCUACAGGAUCUUCUGA